AAGUCUGGAGUGAGAUUGAGAGAGGGAGGGAGGAAGAUAGAGAGAGGGAGAGGACCGGAGAAGAGACUGGUGCAGUCCUUUGUAAAGUAGACAAUCUCAGCCGAGUUUACAAGGCUGAGGUUCUCUGUGGAAUUUUACCUUUUCUCUUUCAUUGCCAGUCCCUUCUCCUUCUCUGUCUUGGUCUGUCGUGCUUGUUCUCCUCCUCUCCAGUCUUUCACCCUCCUCUCCUAUCAUUUCCUUUCCUCCUUCCUUUCCCUCCUUUCUGUCUCCGUCUGUCACUUUCUCUCUUUCGGUGUGAAGAUGCACACCAGGCAGCAGAGGAGAGGUAGGGGCAGCUGACCAGGUGCUCAGGUGUGGGUGAGGCCUUCCUGUCACACAACGCCGGUCUGGUCCACGCAGGGGGAGCAGGGAGGGAGGGAGGUGCGGAAAACAGGAAGCACGAGGAUGAAAAAUGGGAGGGUGCGGAGCAAGGAUUUCUGGAGGAGGCGUCGGGUCGAAGGAACCUCUCAGGACUGUACUUCCUGCUCCCGUGUGAAGACAAGUGGAGCAGGUUGCUUGGUGAGCGAAAGCUCAGGCAGGAAGAGCAGAACUUCACUCAUUAAUGUCAGCAGGCCCUCAGAAGGUGAUGGACAGAGCUGCUCAGAAGCUAAACCUGUCCUCCAAGAAGAAGAAGCAGCAACGGCCAGCUCCACCCUUGGUGUGCGACCCACCCCUCUUCCCCACCAACUUCAGCGGCAUCUUGCAAACAUGGCCACCUCCAGCUCCGCCCUGCCUGCUCCGUGCUGUAAACAAGGUCAAAGACACCCCAGGCCUGGGCAAGGUUAAAGUGAUGCUACGGGUUUGCCCAGUAUCAUCAGCAGACACAUCUGAGUCCAGCUCCUUCCUCAAGGUGGACCCUCGUAAAAAACAGGUCACCAUAAUGGACCCGGCAGCCAACGGGCCGCAGAGCUCCUCCCACAAAAGGGGCGGAGUCAGCCAGGUUCCACCCAAGAUGUUCGCCUUUGACGCUGCCUUCCCCCAUGAUGCCUCACAGGCAGAGGUAUGUGCAGGUACAGUGGCUGAGGUCAUACAGUCUGUAGUCAAUGGAGCAGAUGGCUGUGUCUUCUGCUUUGGACACUCCAAGCUUGGAAAGUCGUAUACAAUGAUAGGGAAGGACGACUCCAUGCAGAACCUGGGCAUCAUCCCCUGUGCCAUUUCCUGGCUUUUCAAGCUGAUCAAUGAGCGGAAGGAGAAGACAGGUGCUAGAUUCUCUGUGCGGGUGUCAGCUGUAGAAGUCUGGGGAAAGGAUGAGAACCUGAAAGACCUGCUGUCCGAAGUGGCCACAGGCAGCCUGCAAGACGGCCAAUCUCCAGGUGUAUUUCUCUGCGAGGACCCCAUCUGUGGAAUGCAGCUUCAGAACCAAAGCGAGCUGCGAGCCCCCAGCGCAGAGAAAGCGGCCUUCUUCCUGGAUGCGGCCAUCGCCUCUCGCCACGGCAGCAAGCCCGACUGCGACGAAGAGGAGCACCGCAACUCCCACAUGCUGUUCACGCUGCACAUCUACCAGUAUCGCAUGGAGAAAAGUGGAAAGGGCGGCAUGUCUGGUGGCAGGAGCAGGCUGCAUUUGAUUGACAUGGGCAGUUGCGUGAAGGUUCUCAGCAAGACCCGCGAUAGUACCGCCGGCCUCUGCCUCUCCCUCGCCGCCUUGGGCAACGUCAUCCUGGCUCUGGUCAAUGGCAGCAAGCACAUCCCCUACAAAGACAGCAAGCUGACCAUGCUGCUGCGCGAGUCACUGGGCAACAUGAACUGCCGCACCACGAUGAUCGCCCACAUCUCCGCCUCGCCGAGUCACUUCUCUGAGACCCUGUCCACCAUCCAGAUUGCAUCGCGGGUUCUCAGGAUGAAGAAGAAGAAGGCAAAACAGUACACAUCCAGUUCUUCAGGGGGGGAGAGUUCCUGUGAGGAGGGAAAGAUGCGCCGACCUACGCAGCUAAGGACAUUCAACUCCCGGAAUGUUGUGGAUCCCGACCUACCCCUUCUGCACCUUGCAAGUGACCCUGACGACUACUCCAGCAGUGAGCAGUCAUGUGACACAGUUAUCUAUGUGGGACCGAAUGGCUCUGCCCUGUCAGACAAGGAGCUGACAGAUAACGAGGGUCCCCCCGAGUUCGUGCCAAUUAUUCCAUCUCUGCAUAAGAACAAAGUUGAACAGGGGAAGCUGCAAGAGUCAACGCAACAGAUCCAGCCAAUCCAGCAACAGCAGAUAGCAGAAGAGGGUGCUGAUUCUGGAAAACAGGAGAAAGACUGCCUCAAGUGCAACACUUUUGCUGAACUGCAGGAGCGGCUGGAGUGCAUCGACGGGAGCGAGGAGGUCAGCAGCUUCCCUUUUGAGGAGCUUCCGGCCAACCGGGUCACCAAACUGGACCCUGUGCCUGCCUGGGGACAGGAAAUCAAAAACAAUGUGGCAUCACGCAUGGCUAAGAAACUCACUAAUGACCAGCAGCUUGAGGAAAUUCAAGAGGUGGUGGAGGAGGCAGAGAUCGCCAAGUCCAUUAUUGAAAGUCUGUCGAUAUCAAGCAGCUGCACCCUGUCCAGCUGUAGGAGUGUGACAGGCAGCAACCUCAUUCAAACAAGCGAUUCUCAGAGAAGCAUGAGCCCUACCCUGCAUGAUAGCAUGGAAUCAAUUUCUAGUGAGGGUAAGUCACGCCCAAUGGGUUCUCCUAGGUUGGGCAUUGCCAGCUUGUCUAAAACCUCAGAGUACAAAGCCCCCUCUUCCCCAUCCCAGCGCUGCAAAGUAUACACCCAGAAAGGUGUCGUGCCUGGUACUCCGCCCCUGUCAUCUAAUGCCCUGAACAGGGAUAGUGGGAAAUCCUCCACUGAGUCCUUGCUGCAGCACGAUUCCAGGACCUCACCUGCCGGAAUGAGCCCACAAGUCAUGAUGUCCUCCUCCUCUAUCAGCAUGGGUUCUGCUGAGACCUUGGCCGACGACCUGCCACAGCUACCUUUGGACGACAAGAAGGAGGCAAAGAGCACCACCACCGUGACAAUGCAGCAGCCGCUGGAGCUAAACGGUGAGGAUGAGCUGGUGUUCACGCUAGUGGAGGAGCUCACCAUCAACGGGGUGAUGGAAAACGGCCGGCCCACCAGCAUCAUAAGCUUCAACAGCGACUGUUCUGUGCAGGCCCUAGCCUCGGGGUCACGACCUGUUAGUAUCAUUAGCAGCAUGAGUGAGGACCUGGAGGUCUUCCCCAGUUCCACUGCUACCACUGCACCGAUUUCAGAGGUGAACCUCAACAAGCUCCUCCCUCUCUUUAAGACUGAGGGAGAGGUGGCCUCCGUUCCAAGUUGUCGCUCCUCCAUAAGUUCCUGGCUUAGUGAAAUGAGCACUGGAAGCGAUGGGGACCAGUCCUGUCAUAGCUUUGUUGCUCAGCAAUGUCACAGUCAGGGGGACGCACUGGCUGAGCUGCAGCAGCAUGACCGUUCAGAGAUGGCACACUGCAACAACCUUGGCUACUUGAGUGCAGGCAAGAGCCAAGAGAACAGUGCUGCGCAAGUGGAUGCUGAGAACGGAAAUGUGAAAAGCCCUGCAAGCAAGGAAAAACCGAAAAAGAUUCCUUUGCUCGGCAAAACUACAGCCUCUGUUUCUAACAUGCAAACAUUCGGGGACUCCGGUAGCUUCAAGACUAACAUCAAUAUUCACCCCUGUGUUGCCGUGAAGCCCAUGUCUGCACAGGACCCUGGUCAAGUACCCGCCAAGAAUCCGAAAAUCAAGGAUUCCAGAACACCUCCUGUCCCACUUUCCACUGAAAUCAGCUUUGAUGACCCAUGGUUUAAGCGGGAUGAUGAUGAAUCCAAGCUGAAGGAACUGGUCUGCGAGGGAAAGCCGGAGAAGAGGCCAGUGAAUGCAGUGACUAACUGGAGCCCAGCUGACAGACUGAGCUCCAGCAGCGGAGAGACAGCCUGCUCACCCGACGCCUUGAAGAGGGUUGUGGACGGCUGCGAAAUGGUCUUAAACACAUUGGAAUGCCCGACCUCUUUGUAUUCGGCAGGCAUUUUCAGGACGGCUAGCCUUCCACGCGGUUGGCAUCGUCUGAACAGACAGGAUGACCUUGAGGAGGGGUCUCUGCGAUCCAUGAGCGGGGAGGGGAAAGGCUUAGGUGUCACCACUUCCACACCGUGCAGCCCCAGGGCCACGCUGGAAAGGAGAGGCUCGUCUGCAAAACAAGGCUUUUUUGCACGGCCGAAAGGGAUUCCCCCUCUACCACCAGUAAGAAAGUCUAGUCUAGAUCAGAAGAAUAGAGCCAGUCCACAGCAUAGCUCAGGCAGCACUCAAACACUCAACCAUACGUCUUUGCUAGCAGGUACAUCUGAGGAUUUUGCCCUUACUGGAAAACCAAAAGGUGCUAAUCUAGAGAGCAGUAGACUCUUUAGCGCAAAGCUAGAACAGCUAGCUAACAGGACCAACUCCUUGGGAAGAUCCGGCAUAGGUCAUUACGAGUACCUGUCCCUAGAGAGGGCGGAAAGCCAGACCUCAGUGGGCUCGAAGGGCAAUGUUGGGAGGGACUGCACCAUGCCACGCACAGGCAGAAGCUUCAGCCGUGGCUCAGUGUCCUCUCCCACUAAUGGGCCCAGUACUGUGGCGCAGUCACCCAAGACGGGUCAGUCUAAAAUCUCAGCAGUCAGCAAGCUGCUCAUGGCAAGUCCAAAGGCCCGAAGCCUGUCUGCCUCUAGCACCAAGACCCUGAGCUUCUCCACCAAGUCGCUGCCACAGUCUGUCAACAGGAGUUCCAGCCUGCCUCCCAAUGGGAAGACCCAGACACAGAGCUCCUGGUCCACUCAGUCGCUGAGCCGCACCCGGGGCUCAGGGCUAGCAUCCAAGCUCCCGCUGAGGGCCGUGAACGGCCGCAUUUCCGAGCUGUUGCAGGGAAGUGGGGGCUCCAGGGCCAGUCAUGCCCGGGGGGCCUGUGACUCUGACGACAGAGCAGGGCUCCAGGGUGAGGAGCGGCCUGUGGCACACACUCUGCCGUCCCCCUACAGCAAGAUCACAGCCCCCCGCCGGCCACAUCGGUGCAGUAGCGGUCAUGCCAGCGACAAUAGCAGUGUACUGAGCGGGGAGCUACCCCCAGCCAUGGGCAAGACCGCCCUGUUCUACCACAGCGGGGGCAGCAGCGGCUACGAGAGCAUGAUGCGGGACAGCGAAGCCACCGGCAGCACCUCGUCAGCCCAGGACUCCAUGAGCGAGAACAGCAGCUGUACCAGCGGACGCAGGAGCCUGAAGAACUCAAAGAAAAGGAACAACACAGGGUCUCAGCGUAGGCGUUUGAUCCCCACACUGUCCCUCGAUGCGACGUCUCCGGUCAGGAAGCCCAUCAUCAGCCCAGGCGUGCGCUGGGUGGACGGCCCCCUGCGGCCUCCCCAGCGCGGCCUGGCUGAGCCCUUCGAGAUCAAAGUCUACGAGAUCGAUGACGUGGAACGCCUGCAGAGGAGACGGGGCGCGACCAGCAAGCAGGACGCCGUGCCCGUGCAGGACAUGGUGUACUUCAGCGCCAAGCUGAGGAUCCUGGAGCACCGGCAGCAGAGAAUCUCAGAGGUGCGGGCAAAGUACGACUGGCUGAAGAAGGAGCUGGAGCAGACCAAGCAACACCUGAUGCUGGCUCCUGAGAAAUGGACCAAUGAAUUUGAUUUACAACAGACAUUUGAGGUAGACUCUUUGGAGUACCUUGAAGCCCUGGAAUUUGUCACUGAGCGCCUCGAGAACCGGGUCAACUUCUGCAAAGCCCACCUCAUGAUGAUCACAUGCUUCGACGCUCCCUCCAGGCAACGGUAGAAGGAAAAUGGCAGCUGCCACCUGCCUGAGCUACGCAGACUGAUGGGAAAUGAUGGUAGAGUUUAUAUGGAAGACGGUUACAUGGGCUUUAGGCAGGAUGCGCUGGUGCACAAACACAAAUAGGAAACAAAUAUUUUUCUAAAGUGUUGGAAAAGGCAGAGGAAGAGUACACAGUUGAUGUGUUAUUGUGAUCCGAAGACAAGAACGUUUAUGAGCAUGAAAGAGCACUUUUAAUAAGGAACUUUUUAAAACAUAUGGUUGUAAAUAAUGUUUCGUUUUGAUGAAGACUGAUGCAGAAGGGAACUGCCGUGGAGGACAAAGAAGAAAAACACAAUUGAAUUAGAGAAAAAUGACAACAAAGUGCCUUGGGAAGAAUCCAAUAUCAGAAAAUUUCCCUAUUUAUGGUGCUAGGUCAAGUAGAUUAGGAAAAAAUAAUGAAUACAGCUUGUUUUUCUUGGUGUUUAAUCCUUCUGACUUGUUGUUUAUUGGUAAUUUGUAUUUGUAUUGUUAUACUAGUUAAAGAGCAGCAUAUUAUGGCCUGUUAUGUGUAUGUUUUAUAAUCAUUUUUUAUCAAAAAAUAUGUUUGAGACCACUCAGAGUGUAUUGGUUUAAAAGAAAAACAAGUAGAGGGUCAGAAACAAAAUGAGGCAAACAAAAAACAAAAACAAGCUACAAAAACAACAACGUGUGACGAGAGCGAAACAGAUCCUCUGCAGCAGCUCUCUUGAUCCUCUUUGCUGGCUGUUUUCUGUGACCUGCAUCCAGGGCUCAUUCGCCGAGGGCAGCUUACACAGAUCCCACUGCGGAUGAUGUCACCAUCCUGCAGGACAGCUAUCGCACUUAACAUUACAAUCAUUUUAUAGUAUUUGGCUCUGACCAGCUUGGUAAAGCAUCUGUUAUGUGACACCAAGGAGCAAAACUUAAGUCAGCCAGUAUUUCAGCUUUGUGGGGGGGGGGGGGGUUUCAAGGUAUGGCUAAAUUGAGCUCUGCAACAUGUAGGGGGGAAAAAAAUCUCAGAUGAUAAAACAUACAAGUUAGCAUAAAUAUGUACAUAUAUACACUCACAUAUAGGUCACCAAGUAUUGUGUUCAUGCAUAGAAAACCAUCUUUUACUGAGGAAGCCACUUCCACUCUGCGUGGUCUCACUUUGGUGGUGCAUACAGUUUGAUGAUAAUUCUUUAUGUAUGGUGCUUGAGAUCGUUUCAUAUCUUUAUAUUAUAUAUAUAUAUAUAUAUAUAUAUAUAUAUAUAUAUAUAUAUAUAUAGCUUUCCACCUAUAAUAAUGCUAAAGUCACCUGCUUCAUCACCUUCAUUUAAGGGACUUGGAGCCCCUGCUCUUCACCUUUGUCAUAGUAACGCUAAUGAAUGAAGGAUAUUAUUUAUUUGUAAACUCAGGAGGCCUGUUUGACAGAGUUGCUUAUAUUAUAUAAUUUAUUUACAUAUUAUGGUUGCAAAGUGCUAUGCAUUAAAAAAAAUGUACAGUAACUAAGUGCGUUUCAUAUAUAAAUAUAUACGCUUCCAUUUUUAUAAUCAAUAUUUUUUUCUGCUAUUUCUGUCAUUAAAUGCGUGUGAGAAAACCCAUUUUCCCAUGGAUGACGUGCUGCUGCUCGUGUUUGCAAGCUGUGUUUGUCCAUGAAUAUUUUACUUUUGCUUUUUUAAUUUUCUUUUCAUGCGCUCUCGCACCUUCAGCCACUGGUCAAAUAACAGAGCUCAACAUUUAACAUGUAAUAAGUGUUGAAAUGUCGUUGUUGAUUUGCUUAAACGGUCACGUUCAGAAACGGUCGCCAAGCGGAGAUGUGACUCCCUGAAGUGAGUUUUUUUCCGUCUUUUAUUUUGGUCUGCUGUGUAUGGAGAGAGUUCUUGAAAAUUCCUUGAUUUUAAUGAUUUGAAAAGCUAUUGGAUGGACAAAAUCAUGUGGAAACUGAACUGUAUGCAAUGGACAAUUAAGAAACGGUGCUCUUAGUUCAACUGCCCUCAAAACAAAAGAAUGGAAUAGGAGUAUGAUGUAACGUGGGGACCGAUGUAAAUAAAGGAUGUACCCGGA